AUGAAUAAAGUAUUUUUGCCAAAAAGAAGAAAGUUUCUGUAGUGUCAUGAGACGACAGUUGAAUCAUAAUUAUAGACAACUCGAUCAGUUGCUUCAACCAAUCACGAUGUGCCUAGAAUUCUUAUUAAAACAGAGGAGAGUGAAGGUGUUUCGAUUCCCAAGGAUGCCAGAUUGAAGAAUUGGAAUGAUGUCUUUGGUGAUUUUUUAUCUGAAGCCUUGUUGAGGAGAAAACAGACUUAAUUGAAAAGAAAUACAGAAACAGCAAUUGAUCGAGCAUAUUUACACGAAGUUCCAUUGCAAAUUCAUAAUGCUAUGUCUAUAAGUCCAUCCAUACGAAGCAAUUUCACUAAGUAUAUUAUGGGAGAAAUAUCUGCUGAAGAAUUUGUGAUUAGAAAAAACUAAUCUCAAAAACUCGAUAAAUUAAUUCCAGCAGUUAUUAAGAAAUAGAAGAGACCAAAAAUCAAUGUAACUUAUCGGAGAUCAGCAGUAACAGAUGAAGGUAAUCAUGACGUUGCUUUUUUGAAAUUAUUGGAUUAAAAAAAUGAAGAAAUGCUCAAAAAAUAACAAGCAUUAGACAGAUUCGAUAUGAUCAGGGACCUUAUAGAAGAAAAGAUUGAGAAGAGAGAGAAGGAAGAUCUUGUUAAGAGAAGUAGAGAAUUGAAGAAUGUAGGAAUGAUCAAAUAAAUGUAUGAUAUUAGUGAUCAAUAUAUUCAAAACUUAUAGAAGAAGUCAGAGGAAAAAGAUAUCAGUACAAACAAUAGAUUAAUUUUUAAAGGAAGUUCAGUAAAUAUCAUUAAACAUUAAAAUCCAUAUUAAUUAUUGAGUUCAAGAAAUCACUAAAAUCCCAAUAAAGUCAAAUAUGAAGCACCUUAACAAAAACACGUUAUUCGUCAUCUCGUUAAUAAGAAGGCCAAAUAAUACAUGGAAGAAUUACUAAUCAAAGAUUAUAUUGAAAGCUAGAAAGCCAAAAAGUAGAUUUAUGUAAACUAUUAAUUCAAGAAAAACAUUGAGCAGAAAUUGAGUACACCAUAAACAUUCGAUCAGAGCUAAUAGAAUAAUAUUAAACACAUUUAUCCAUUUUUAUAGAAGGGUGUUAAAGGUAGUCAAUUUGUUAAGAAUUAAUUGAUUAAUAAUGAUCUAGAAUUAAUUUAAUAUAUUACAAACUAUCCUAAAUAUGAUCCAUAUAAAGAUAAAGAUGUCUAGUAAUAAAUUUAAGAAGAUAUUCUUAUUGCAGGAGGAUUAUCAUCAAAUAGAAAUAUUAAACUUCCAUUAAGAAAACCAGCUUAGUCUUUUAAAUAAUAGAAUUUGAGACACGUAGAAUUGAAUGCAUCAUAGGAUUCUCGAACCGAUGAUGAAUCAUUAAAUUCUAUGUAUGAAUUCAAUGUUGACAACCUUUAUUAAUAAAGUAAGAAAUUAUAGGAAAAGCUAUUGGAAAAAUAAUACACAGACGGUUUUAGUAAAACAAUAAGAGCAAUUUAGAAGAAUUAACAAUUAAAAAACGAUAUUAUUUUGAAAAACAUCUAAAAACUAGAAGGAAUAUCUCCUAUUUGA